UAGCCUGACGGUAGUUGUUCCGGCAGCAGCAGCGGCUUCAGCGGAUCCAAUGAGGUGACGCCGCGUUCCGGGCCCGACUGCUGAGAAUGAGCCGGUGAUAAGUGGAACUAAUAACGGUCAAGUGUGACAACAAAGACGCACUGAAUCAAGGCUAGACCAGGAACACUGAUCCCAGAACCCCCCUGCAUCAGUGCCGGAAGAGAGAAGCUCACCAUGGGAGGGAGGAAGCUGCCACUGGUUGUUCUCGUCUGCCUUGUUCUGGCAAUGUUGCCUUCUGGAGCAGGGACAGUAGCUGUCAUGUCGGUGGACCUGGGCAGUGAGUGGAUGAAAGUCGCGAUAGUGAAACCUGGUGUGCCGAUGGAGAUUGUCCUCAACAAGGAGUCGCGGAGGAAAACCCCCAUUGCUGUAUGUCUGAAGGAAAAUGAAAGACUUUUGGGAGACAGUGCACUAGGAGUGUCUGUGAAGACCCCUAAAACUGUGUAUAGACACCUCCAAAGUCUCCUGGGAAAAAAGCACAAUAACCUCCAGGUGGCGCUCUACCAGAAACGUUUCCCUGAGCACCAGCUGCUGGAGCACCCAGUGAGAGGCACCGUGUACUUUAAAAACUCAGAAGAAACGCAGUUCACUCCUGAGGAGCUGCUGGGGAUGAUGCUCAACUAUUCCCGGGGUCUGGCUCAGGACUUUGCAGAACAACCGGUGAAAGACGCAGUGAUCACGGUCCCGGCCUUCUUCAACCAGGCGGAGCGGCGGGCCGUGCUGCAGGCGGCGCAGAUGGCCGGCCUCAAGGUUCUGCAGCUCAUCAACGACAACACCGCCGUGGCCCUGAACUACGGAGUGUUCAGGAGGAAAGAUAUCGACAAUACAGUCAAGAACAUCAUGUUUUAUGAUAUGGGUUCAGGGAGCACCACGGCCACCAUCGUCACGUACCAGACUGUGAAGACCAAGGAGGCGGGCACCCAGCCCCAGCUGCAGAUCAGAGGGGUCGGGUUUGACCGCGGGUUGGGGGGCUUUGAGAUGGACCUGCGACUCCGGGACCACCUGGCUAAACUGUUCAACGAGCAGAAGAAGACAAAGAAGGACGUGAGGGAGAACCACCGGGCCAUGGCCAAGCUCCUCAAAGAGGCCCAGAGACUGAAGACGGUGCUGAGUGCCAACGUGGACUUCAUGGCUCAGGUGGAAGGGUUAAUGGAUGACAUUGACUUCAAAUCUAAGGUGACCAGGACGGACUUUGAAGAUCUGUGUGCGGAUCUGUUCGACAGAGUGCCGGGCCCGGUGCAGGACGCCCUCAGCACCGCAGAGAUGAACCUGGAGGACAUUGAGCAGGUGAUUUUAGUAGGCGGCGCCACCCGCGUCCCCAAGGUUCAGGAAGUGCUGCUCAAAGCUGUGGGGAAAGAGGAUCUGGCGAAGAACAUCAACGCAGACGAAGCAGCAGCCAUGGGAGCGGUGUACCAGGCUGCUGCCCUCAGCAAGGCCUUCAAGGUCAAACCCUUCCUGGUCCGGGACGCAGCCGUCUUCCCCAUCCAGGUGGAGUUCACCCGUGAGUCAGAGGAGGAGGGUAUCAAGACCCUUAAACACAACAAACGUAUCCUCUUCCAGAGGAUGGCGCCCUACCCCCAGCGCAAGGUCAUCACAUUCAACCGCUACAGCGAUGACUUUGCUUUCUACAUCAACUACGGCGACCUGAGCUACCUGAGUCAGGAAGACCUCAGCGUGUUUGGCUCUCUGAACCUGACCACGGUCAAGCUGUCUGGAGUAGGCAACAGCUUCCAGAAGAAUGCAGACGCCGAGUCCAAAGGCAUCAAAGCCCAUUUCAACAUGGAUGAGAGCGGGGUGCUGCUGCUGGACCGGGUGGAGUCUGUGUUUGAAACUAUUGUGGAGGAGAAAGAGGAGGAAUCAACAUUAACUAAACUGGGAAACACUAUUUCCACCUUGUUUGGAGGAGGAUCCUCAGAACCUGCCGCAAAUGUGACAGAACCUGUCCAGGACGAGGAGGAAGUGCCUCCAGAGUCUGACAAGGAGGGCAAGGAGGACAAGGAGGACAAGGAGGACAAGGAGGACAAGGAGGGCAAGGAGGACGAGGCAGAGGAGAAGCAGGACAACUCAGAGAAGAGUUCCACUGAAGAGAAAGGUCAGGAGGAGGCGAGCAGCCAGACUGAUGCUCCGGAGGAAAAGGAUGGAGAGAAAGCUGAGAACACGGAGGCAGAGAAGGAAGGUGAGAACACGGAGGCAGAGAAGGAAGCUGAGAACACGGAGGCAGAGAAGGAAGCUGAGAGGAAGGCAAAACCUCAGAAAAAGAGCAAGAUCUCUGAAGACGUCGCAGCGGAACUCAUCACCAACGACAUCCUUGACCCUACUGCAGAGGAUGUAGCCUCCUCUAAGAAGAAGUUGCAGGAUCUGACAGACAGAGACCUGGCCAAACAGGAGAGGGAGAAGUCCCUCAACAGUCUAGAAGCUUUUAUCUUUGAGACACAGGACAAGCUGUACCAGGAGGAUUACCAGCUGGUGGUGACGGAGGAGGAGAAGGAGCAGAUCUCCAGCAAGCUGAGCGAGGCGUCUGAGUGGAUGGAUGAGGAGGGCUACACUGCCUCCAACAAGCAGCUGAGGGAGCAACUGUCCCAGCUGAGGAGCCUGUGUAAGGACAUGUUCUUCAGGGUUGAGGAGCGCCGCAGAUGGCCCGAGCGCCUGGCCGCCCUGAACAGCAGACUCAACACCUCCAGCUUCUUCCUGAGGAGUGCCAAACUGAUUCCAGAGGAUGACCAGAUCUUCACUGAAGUUGAGCUGAAUUUGUUAGAAAAAGUGAUCAACGAAACAAUGACGUGGAAAAAUGAGACGGAAGCCGAGCAGGAGAAGCGCUCUCCAAAGGAACGGCCCGUCCUCUUGUCAAAAGACAUCGAGUCCAAAGUGUCCCUGCUGGAGCGGGAGCUCAACUACCUGCUCAACAAGGCCAAGUUUGCCAAGCCCAAAGCCAAAGCCAAGAACAGCACAAGCUCUGAUAAAAGCAGCAAGGCCAACAACACCACCAAGGAGAAGGUCAUCCCCCCCACAGAGGAGAGCGCAGACUCAAAGAGUGAAAGCCCAGAGGAGGUACAGCCAGGGGAAGUCCCGCCCACUGAGGAGAGCGCUACAAACACAGACUCGGACAGCCAAUCACAGCCCACAGAAGAAUCAACAACCACAGGAGCAACAGAGAAGACCCAGCCUGAGAAGCACAUAGAGGAUGAAUUAUAACAGCUGGAACUGGGAAAAAUCACUUUAUUUAUUGAUAGUGUAUAAAUGUUCGCGUUCCUUCUCACUCUGUUUGUUUUUUGUUUAAUUUUGUCCUUCUUUAUUGAACCGCUGGAAGAUAAGGAUUGGAGACCACUCAGCUUCUUCUUCUGUACUCUCAUCUCCUCCGUCUCAUGGAUUCUAUAAGCUACUGUCACUCAAACACCAAGAAGCAGCACAACCAAAAUAAAGCCCAGAUGAAGCUCCAAAGCACCACCUCACGUCCAGCAAACUGCUGAUGGAGAGGAGAUGAGGCCGUGUUGAGACCAUCCGGACAUUUGACAGGCCGAGUGUGUGUAUUCUCUGGUCUGUCCUCAAUGGACACUUCCUGUCCUACUUUGUCCUCUGCACUGAUUCUGUUUCUGUAGCUGGGAGGUUAGUAUUGGUCUAAAAGCUGCAGCUGCUCUUUCCAUGGCCGAGUGGUGGUGAUCACUGACUAUUAAGCUGCUGCUUAAUAGUCCUUUAGAAUUUAUGUUUUUUCUCCAAACCAGAAUGUAUUUGGCCAAAUAAGUUAGAUGUAUUUGUACCAUUUAUACUGUAAUCACUUACAGUAUAUUUAAAACUAUGUGGUAGCACAGUCAGUUGAAUUUUCAUUUGGUUAAAGAAUCUGUCAUAAAUAUUCAUGGUUUAAUUGUAUAAUAUAGGAGGUCAUAAUAUAUUUACCAACUGGGCUAAAGAGUGGCUGUCAAUUAAGAGACUCAAUUCUAUGACCAUGUAAACUAGGUAUAACAUGCAUAUUAACAUAUGGUGGACCAGCGUGUUUAAAAGCAGAACUACUGAUGGUGGCAGAUCUACUGCCCCUGCAGCUCAUUCAGACCUUGUUAUUUUCCCAAUUAGUGGCUGAAUACAUUCAUGAGAACCUCUCCUUUAAUGUGCAAGGUUCAGACCGUUUGGGUCCAUCAGGCAGCACUUGUUGCACCCCCCCCCCCCCCCCUGCUGCUCCUGUAUGUGGGCUGAGUUCUUUCUGAUCCAACUGAAACUUUGAUUGUGUGCCAGGCACAGUGGGCACUCCAUCUUUAACAUUUCAUAAGCUGCUAAACAAUUUAGAGGGUGGGGGGGGAUCAUUUGUAUCUUUAGGGACAUGCCCUGUCGUGCAGAUGUUGUCUCUGUUUUCCGCUGGAACGUUUGGGGGGGGUGGGGUUGGGGGUGCGUCUGUUUGUUGCACUGUGGAUUAUUUGAAGGGGAGAACUGUAGAAAACAGUCAGGAAUGGAAGAUGCAAACAAUGUUGUCUUUCUAAACUGUUAAUAAAAACUUUUUGUUUUUCAUU